CGGGGUCUGGAGGUCCAUCUUCCGGUUCCGUGUGUGUGAGGAGAGCUGCGGGCCGGAGAUGGGGAGGUGAGCGGAGCGGACUCAGGAGGGAACCGAGAACCGAACCGAACCGGAGAGGUAUUAUUGAGACAUCGUGAGAAAUGGGCCACAGAAACCUGCGCCUUCUCCUGCGGCUCCUGGUGUUCUUCAUCCUCGCCCUCAACAUCCUGUCCGCCGCCGAUUUUGAUCCGUACCGCGUCCUGGGAGUGAGCCGGACCGCCAGCCAAGCCGACAUUAAGAAGGCGUACAAGAAGCUGGCCCGGGAAUGGCAUCCGGAUAAAAACAAGAACCCCGGAGCAGAAGACAAAUUCAUCCAAGUCAGCAAAGCUUAUGAGAUUUUGUCCAGCGAGGAGAAGAGGACCAACUACGACCGCUAUGGAGACAUGGGAGAGAACCAGGGCUACAGCCAGCAGCAGCACCACCACCAUUUCCGGCACUUCCACGACAGCUUCUACUUCGACGAGUCCUUCUUCCACUUCCCCUUCAACUCCGAGCGCCGAGACUCCACCGACGAGAAGUAUCUCCUCCAGUUCUCCCACUACAUCAACGAGGUGGUCCCAGACAGCUUCCGCAAACCCUACCUCAUCAAGAUCACCUCCGAUUGGUGCUUCAGCUGCAUCCACAUCGAGCCCGUCUGGAAGGAGGUGGUGCAGGAGCUGGAGGGGCUGGGUGUAGGGAUCGGAGUGGUGCAUGCUGGGUACGAGAGGCGGCUCGCCCACCACCUCGGCGCACACAGCACCCCGUCCAUCCUGGGCGUCAUAAACGGGAAGAUCUCCUUCUUCCACAACGCGGUGUUGAGGGAAAACCUGCGACACUUUGUGGAAAGUCUCCUCCCGGGGAAUCUGGUGGACAAGAUAACGGAUAAAAACUACGUCCGCUUCCUCUCCAACUGGAAGCAAGAGAAUAAACCGCAUGUGCUGCUGUUUGAUCAGAUGCCCCCGGUGCCCCUCAUCUACAAGCUCACUGCGUUUGCCUAUAAAGAUUACCUGUCAUUUGGCUACGUGGACCUCGGCCAAAGAGAGGCGGAACAGAUGAGCAGCCAAUACAAUAUCAACAUGUACGCCCCGACCAUGCUGGUCUUCAAAGAGCACAUCCACAAGCCGGCCGAUGUGGUGCAGGCGCGAGGAAUGAAAAAACAGGUCAUUGACGACUUCAUCUCUACAAACAAGUUCCUUCUGGCGGCCCGGCUGACCAAUCAGAAGCUGUUCCAGGAGCUGUGUCCCGUGCGGAAGUCUCACCGGCAGCGCAAGUUCUGUGUUGUUCUUCUGACGGGGGAGGGUGAGCUGUUCCGGAAAACCUACGAGUCCUUCCUGGCUUUUGCUUCCGCCAACACCAAAGACACGCUGCGAUUCGUCCACGUCUACAAAGAGCGCCAGGGGGAGCUCGCCAGCUCUCUUCUGGGGGAGGACAUUCACUCUGCGCAGUCGUCGGUUUCCAUACUGGAGCGGAGGAAUUCUGCAGGUAGAAUCGUCUAUAAGACUUUGGCUCCCAUCUGGACCGGCAGUGAGGACAACAAGUUCUCUUUGCUCGACUUCCUGGACCGGCUGAGGAAAGACCCGAGCGUCCUCUCCUCCGAAACCAACUUGUCUGAUCUGAACGAUGAGCUGGCCCCGAUGUUUUUCUUGCGCUGGAUCUACACCGCGGUUGACUAUUGGUCAGAUGCGUGGGAGAGCGUUCUCCACAAUAACUGGAGGGAGAUGAUGCCACUUUUGUCGCUGAUUUUCUCCGCCCUCUUCAUCCUGUUUGGUACGGUCAUCGUUCAGGCGUUCAGUGACUCCGGUGAUGAGCAAAAUUCCGUUCCUUCCGACAAAGAAGAGCCGGGUGACAAAGACAAAAGCUCAGAGGCCAAUUACAGCAAAGAGAGCACCAGGGUUCCCAGGAAAGGUUUUGUGGAAGUGACGGAGUUGACGGAUGUGAAUUAUAUGAGUAACCUCGUCAAGCUGCGUCCGGGUCACAUGAACGUCGUCCUCAUCCUCUCCAACUCCACCAAGGCCAGCCUGCUGCAGAGGUUCGCCCAGGAAGUGUACAUGUUUACCGGGAGCAGUUCCCUCCACUUCUCCUUCCUGAACCUGGAGAAGCACCGGGAAUGGAUGGAAUACCUCCUGGAGUUCGCCCAGGACGCGGCCCCCAUCGCCUACCAAUACGACGAGCACUUCCUGGAGCGGGAUUACACCGGCUAUGUGCUGGCCCUGAACGGCCACAAGAAGUACUUCUGCCUCUUCAAGGCGCAGUCCACGCUGGAGGACGAGAAGCUGCUGGACGAGGCGGAGCACUGCUCACCCGGCGGCGGCGGCUGCGACACCCUCCGCAAGAUCUCGCUGGGCUCCGGCUCCGGCCACAUCAAAAAGAAAUUAAAUAAGCUUUCCUUAUGGAUGGAGCGGCUCUUAGAGGGAUCUUUGCAAAGGUUUUAUAUCCCCUCUUGGCCCAUGCUUGACUGACAAACACCUGCGGGGGGGAGGGACCUCCAGUCCCCCCCCCUAUUUUUUUUUUAAACUGUGAACACAAGACAUUUAUCCUGCCAGGGAGAUCUAUGCGCUUUUAAUGGCCUCCCCCUCCCCCAAAUAUUUGCCAGGAGCAAGAAACUGACCCAAGGGGCGCUCGCUUUGUUGCGCUUUAAAAAGGGGGUCGCUCUAUACCAACGCCAUUGACUAUGCCACUCACUGCCUGCUUGUGUCUUAAGUUCUGUUUUCAGCUACAUCCAAUCAAAAAAAAGGAAAAAGCUUUAAGCUGCCUCAAGAGCCCGCCUGCUGGAAGACCUGAGUACUGCAUUUAUAUGCUGCUGCCUCAAGAGCCCGCCUGCUGGAAGACCUGAGUACUGCAUUUAUAUGCUGCUGCCUCAAGAGCCCGCCUGCUGGAGGACCCGAGUACUGCAUCUAUGUGAAGCUGCCUCAAGAGCCCACCUACUGGAGGAUCUGAGUACUGCAUCCAUGUGCAGCUGCCUCAAGAGCCCACCUACUGGAGGAUCUGAGUACUGCAUGUAUGUGCCGAUGCCUCAAGAGCCCACCUGCUGGAGGACCCCAGGACUGCAUCUAUGUGAAGCUGCCUCUAAAGCCCACCUACUGGAGGAUCCAAGUACUGCAUGUAUGUGCAGUUGCCUCAAGAGUCCGCCUGCUGGAAGACCUGAGUACUGCAUUUAUAUGCUGCUGCCUCAAGAGUCCGCCUGCUGGAGGACCCGAGUACUGCAUCUAUGUGAAGCUGCCUCAAGAGCCCACCUGCUGGAGGACCCGAGGACUGCAUCCAUGUACAGCUCCUUCAAGAGCCCGCCUGCUGGAGGGCCCAAGCACUGCAUCUAUGUGAAGCUGCCUCUAAAGCCCACCUGCCUCAAGAGCCCGCCUGCUGGAGGGCCCGAGUACUGCAUCCAUGCGCUGCUGCCUCAAGAGCCCGCCUGCUGGAGGACCCGAGUACUGCAUCCAUGCGCUGCUGCCUCAUUACCCCACCUGCCUCUAAAGCCCACCUACUGGAGGAUCCAAGUACUGCAUAUAUGUGCAGUUGCCUCAAGAGCCCGCCUGCUGGAGGAUCUGAGUACUACAUCCAUGUGAAGCUCCCCAAAAUUCGAACCUUCUUCCCUCUGUUCUUUUGCUAUAACAUUCACCUGUAGAGGUCAGUCUUGCCUCAGUAAGACCUGAUUAGAAAAGUGGGGAGGGGGUGGGGGGGGGGAAAUCCGGGUUCCUAGUGAAUAAUCUGCCAUUAUCAAUGCAAAGCGAAGUCCUUCUGCGCUCUAUAACAUCUAUUCGUCUUUUUUAUUAUCUUGCAGCUAUUUUUGAGUUCACUUUUUGUGGACGAGCAAUAAAGCUAGGCGGGAACUUCUUUUUUUUUUUUCAUCCUUCAGGUCACCGGAGUCCAGUGAAAAAAGACACUUUAUAGAACAUUUUUAAACUAUUUUGCUCCAGAGUUUAUGGAUUAGGACAUUCUGUACAGUCUUUAUAACGGCUCUAGCACCACCGCGUCCAACGUAGCGAUUGAGUAGAAUCUCGUAGAUAGGAAGUACUGUAGUUGGAGAGGAGGGGGGGGGGUAUAAUGUACCUGUGUGGCGCCACCUGCUGACUGAAUAUUGCAGGAACCGCCAAGCUGCAAGGUGACCUUUUAUUCCUGUGUGUUUUUUAUUUGUACCCCGUUUUUUGCCUUUUUUGACGCACACAUUAAAAAAGAAAAAAAAAAUGGCGGUGUGGACUGAAGGGAAUUCAACCAUCUGAGCCAAUAAGGAUCAUUUCAUACAACGCCAUUGAAUGUAGCUUUUUUUUUUUUUUUUGGGGGGGGUUGUCAGUCCAGUCAUCGAAGGACUAUCCAAGAUCAUCCUGGGGUGGUUUUACCCCCCACCAGAAGAGUUGUACGUUUUCCUAAUUUAUGCCAAAGUUUUUGUCGGUACGAUUUAAGGACUUCGGAUCUUCAUCUUCACUUUUCACUCUCAGAUAGUGAACCUCCAUCCUGAAGGCUUCUUUUCCUGGUUCUGGAUAUAAGAAAGCAUUUUCCUGCUGAGUUUUCAUGAAAUACUCAUCUGACGUUUCAUCGUUCUUCAUUUAUCCUUCGUCCUUCUUCCCUUAUCCUUCUUCUUCCCGUACCCUUCGUCCUUCUUCUUCCCGUACCCUUCGUCCUUCUUCUUCCCGUACCCUUCGUCCUUCUUCUUCCCGUACCCUUCGUCCUUCUUCUUCCCGUACCCUUCAUCCUUCUUCUUCCCGUACCCUUCGUCCUUCUUCUUCCCGUACCCUUCGUCCUUCUUC